GCCCGUCUCUCAUAGGUCAAUGUUUUUCGUCAAUAAUUCGGUAAAUACAGACGCGGAUUGCAUUUUCACUAAGGAAAAAGUUAUUUCGAAUAACCUAGAAUAGCCUAACGAGGAAUUCCACAUUUCUCGGAAGUACCAUAAUUUUCGGUAAAUUAAUUUGGUUAAUUUAAUCCCUGUAUAAUUACUUCCCCGGGAAAGGCAGGCUAUUAUCAAAAUUAAUUUACUUCUUCAAGAGUUUCUAUGACAAAGAGUAUAUCGAACAAGAUUACGUCAUCAUCCAUAUUAUAAAAAGUAUAGUUGCACUCGCAACAAUGCACACGAUGCUAUUUGUUGAAUUUAAGCACCUACAGUAGAAAUAUAUAUAUAAAGUAGUAAAUACACUUAUACUCUCUGGAUUAUUACAAACAAGGCUAAACUCAUGAAUUAAGGAAAUCUUACUGUAUGCAGAGACAGACAGACAGACAGAGAGAGAGAGACGAAUUUAUAAUAUCAGUUUACAUAUUGUAGGAGUCAAAAGAAUAACCGACAAAAAUGUUUAAAAACGGUACGCUAAAACUCUGUUAUAUUGGGUCUAGAACAAAAAAUAGUUUUAAACUUUUGUCAGUACAAACUUCAAAUGUAGUACCAAAUAAAAAUGCAUCGUCACACAAAGAUGUGGGAGCUAACAAUGAAGAAGAUGUAUUGAUAAAAGAUUUUGGAAAUACAGGCAUUAUAACAUUAAAUCGCCCAAAAGCUUUAAACUCUUUAAAUUUAUCAAUGAUUGAGAAAAUAUAUCCUACACUCAAAAAGUGGGAAAUUUCAAAAAAAUUAGUAGUAAUAGAAGGUGUGGGGGAAAAAGCAUUUUGUGCCGGUGGUGAUAUAAAAGCUAUUGCCCUUGCAGCAGAUGAAAACAAAGAAUUACGUGAAACAUUUUUUAGAAAAGAAUAUAUCCAAAAUCAUUUAAUUGGAACAUAUAUAAUACCUUAUGUGGCUUUAAUGAAUGGGAUAACUAUGGGUGGUGGAGUUGGAUUAUCUGUCCAUGGUAAAUAUAGAGUUGCAACAGAAAAAACUUUAUUUGCAAUGCCAGAAACAGCAAUAGGAUUAUUUCCUGAUGUUGGUGGAUCAUAUUUUUUACCUAGAUUGCAAGGAAGAUUAGGCGUUUAUCUUGGAUUAACUGGAGAACGACUGAAAGGCAUAGAUGUAUUACAUGCUGGUAUUGCAACUCACAUUGUUCCUUCUGAGAAUUUGUCGCAGUUAAAACAAGAUUUAUUAACAUCCGAGUUUCCUGAUGUUACAACAGUUUUGAACAAAUAUCAAUUGAAAAAUUUGGAUAAACAAUUUGCUUUAGCACCAUAUAUGAAGCAAAUUGAAAGAUGUUUCUCUGCAUCAUCAGUGGAAGAAAUAAUAAAAAGAUUGGAAGAGGAUAAAUCUGAAUGGGCAGAAAAAACCAUACAAACAUUGUUGAAAAUGUCUCCAACAUCAUUAAAAGUUGCUUUGCUUGCUAUGAAAAAAGGCAGCACACUGAAUUUAGCAGAAUGUUUGAAAAUGGAAUACAGAUUAGCAUGCAAUUUGACUAUAUGUAAGACUACAGAUUUCUAUGAAGGUGUGAGAGCAGUUGUAAUAGACAAAGACCAAAAUCCAAAAUGGAAACCAAAAGAUCUAAGCGAUGUGUCUGAUGCAUAUGUCAAUAAACAAUUUGAAAAUUUCCCACAAGAAAAGGAUUUAUUACUUUAACAUUAUAUAAAAAUAUGUGAACUAUAUUAUAUUGUUUUAUUAUGAAACUGUAUAUAUUCUAUACUGUUUGUUAUAAAUCUUUUAAUGAUAUUUUAUUACAUUUAAUACAGUAUACAUUAUUUAAUUAAACUCCAAUUUUUACACCUACAUGUGAUGUGAGGUAGUACUUAAUACGUUAAUGAGAAGCCAGCACAAUAUACAGGAACCAUGUUAAAUAUAAAACAACAUACUUUAUUUAUGUAAAAUAACGAGCAGGACACCAUAAGUACUUACAGUUUUAUUGACACAUUAAAAAAUGUAUUUUCUGGAA